CGGCGCGCGGCUCUGUCGUCAUACUUCCGCGGCGCCGCCGCCGCAGCUCUCUGUGAAAACAGGACCGGUGUCAUGGCGAGCUCAGCUGCCUCCUCGGUGCGACCGCCGAGGCCCAAGAAAGAACCGCAGACGCUCGUCAUCCCCAAGAAUGCGGCGGAAGAGCAGAAGCUCAAGCUGGAGCGGCUCAUGAAGAACCCGGACAAAGCAGUUCCAAUUCCAGAGAAAAUGAGUGAAUGGGCACCUCGACCUCCACCAGAAUUUGUCCGAGAUGUAAUGGGUUCAAGUGCUGGGGCUGGCAGUGGAGAGUUCCACGUGUACAGACAUCUGCGCCGGAGAGAAUACCAGCGACAGGACUACAUGGAUGCCAUGGCUGAGAAGCAAAAAUUGGAUGCAGAGUUUCAGAAGAGACUGGAAAAGAAUAAAAUCGCUGCAGAGGAGCAGACUGCAAAGCGCCGGAAGAAGCGCCAGAAGUUAAAAGAGAAGAAAUUACUGGCAAAGAAGAUGAAACUUGAACAGAAGAAACAAAAAGAAGGCUGGAGCAAUGGCACAAUCUCUGCUCACUGCAAUCACCGCCUCCUGAGUUCAAGCGAUUCUCCUGCCUCAGCCUCUAGAGUAGCCGGGAUUACAGGGCCCAGUCAGCCUGAGGAGCAGGGGUCCGGCAGCUCUGCGGAGGCAUCUGGAACAGAGGAGGAGGAGGAGGAGGAGGUGCCCAGCUUCAUCAUGGGGCGAUGAUGUCUGCUGCAGCCGCUGCCUGGAACCCGGGUCGUGCUGAGAGCAGAAGGGAAAGGCAGCUGUUUGGCUUUCUCCCCCCGAGAGGUCCUGCUGGAUGGACAGCAUAGGAGACCCUCCCGAGCUGCUCGCAGUCCUGCCUGUAGCAGGGUUGGGAGGCUGAGGGGCCACCUCCCCGGCACACGAAGGCACUGCCUUGCAGACGCCAUCCAUGCUCCUGGUAAAAGGGGACAGAGAGCCUCACCUUGUCAUAUUUGAACGGUGAUGAGUUUGGGGCUGGUUUCUGGGAAAAGAACAUUUAUUUAGUAAAGAGCAGAACACCCUUGGGUUUUGUUGGGAUGUGUGGACUGUGAGUCACAGGUACUCUGGAGAAGGCUAGGAGAUGCCACCAUUCCCAUGGGGACUGAAGACCCCACAGGCCCUGUUAUGCGGACCUGGUCCCAGGCUCAAUGAGGAGAUGCCCUCAGCUGUGGGGCUGGCCCAUGUUGCCAGCCUAGACCCCCACUCACCCCCGUGGGAAGUGGGGACCAUGCCCAAGAGGGUCUGCUCCCACCACGGCUCCCGGUGCCCCGUGUGUUCUGGGAAGCCCCAGGUGUGCGCAGGGGGGCCUGGGCCGGGGACUUCACCAGGGACUGGGGCACAGGAAGGGCAUGCGGUGUGUGGAAAGCACUGUGGGGGAAAAGCGGGUGGCCAGAGGAUGAGCAGCCGGAAAAUCCAGGCUGGGCUGAGCCAGAGCAGAGGGCGGGGGAAUCCCAGCCGUACUGGGGUUCUUUACCAACAGCUGCGUUUUCAUCCUGAGGUGGAAGGGGGUCUAAACAAACAGGGGCUGAGUGGCAGGACUCCGUCAAGUGGGUGGAGCUCCUCAGGACUGAAACCACCUGAGGCUUUCCUUGGGGUCGCAGCAACUGGGCCCCAAGGAAGGAGUGGAUCUGCUAUGUCCUCAGGUGGUACAGCCCCAGAUCAGUGUCCAGGCACUGGGCUCGUGCAGAGAAGGCACCUGCAGAGAGCAGGGUAGCCUGGUGCAGCGGUGAGUGCCUGGAAUCCAGCUACUCGGAAGGCCAAGGUGGGAGGACCGCUUGAGUCCAGGGAUUCAAGUCCAGCCUGGGCAAUAGAGUGAGACCCUGCCUUGUAAAAAACGAUGAUGAACACAGAGGCCGGGGCACUACUGGGAGCCAGGGUGCCUGGGGGGAGCUGAGACCAACCUUCAACCUCCAUGUUUUCAGGCCAACGGGGCAACUCAGAGAGUUUCUAGGUAGGGCCUUGGCACCAUUUUUGGAUGAUUUAGCUCCAGGUUCCUACAUCUAUUUUGUGCCCUUUACACACUCUGAUAGAAUUAAGGAAAUAGUGGUUUUGAGUGAAGGGAAAGGAAACCCAGAAACAUUUGAUGUUGCUUUACUUUUGUGGUAUAGAUUUCCCCGGCCCCUUGCUGAGCCCUGUGACUCCUGUCCCUUCAUUGGUUCAUGUCACAGGGAUUUUCUUUCCCAGAAAGCAGACACAGAGAAGCAGCCCUAAUAAAUGAGCACAUGCCCCGGCUGCACAUUUUGAAACCUGUUUUUCUGUCUGGGA